UGGCACAAUAGCUGAACGAAAAAGUGUUGGCUAAUAACGCUCGAUAUUAGCGGGUUACUUACUGCUGGUGUCCGUACGUUUAGGUGCUAUUUUUGUUCGCUACGCCAAAGCAAACGGCAGCUGGCAACCGGUUGGCAACGUACGAACGACAGCAUCCGCGAACGAACGCAACUGGCUGCUGGUGAGGAACGCUAGUACGUGCUUUUUGGCUUACUAGUAUGUCGGGUUCGUCGUCUACGAACAAGCUAGAUCAUCAACAACAAGAGCAGGAAACUGAACAGCAGCAACAGCAGCAGCAAGAGCAACAACAGCCGCUAGAUGAAACACAGCAGCAGGAGCAACAAUGUCCCCAGCAGCAACCGAAAUGGGUGUGCGAAUACUGUACGUACGAGAACUACCCGUUGUCUCUUAAGUGCAUCAUGUGCAAGGGUCCCAAACCACUGCUUAAGGAGGACAUAUUUCGCCUUAGUCCAACGCAGCAGCUUAGUGCGACGAGCCGAUCGAACCCAAAUCUCGCCAGCGGUGCUGUAAAAUCGCCUUCGAUCACCGAGCUCGACUCUAAUCAGCGAUGGCCAUGCUCGGCGUGCACCUACCUGAACCUACCCCACACCAGGCGCUGCCUGCAGUGCGAUACCGUGCGCAAGGAGGACCAGCAGGAUCAUCAGCAGCAGCACCACAACCACAACCACCAACAGCAGAAAGUGAUAAGCGAGUACGAUAGCAUUAGCGAACAUUUAAACGCAAUGAAUAUUUGCCGAAGUGGUCCCAGCCCCGGAGAGGACGGUAUUGUUUCAACUAGCGGCGCAGGUAGUGGCAAGCGCAAUCGGAACAAUUCGCCCGCUUCGGGCGGCUCGUACGGUUCCAGUUCGCGUCUGGGGACGAACGCAAACGAUGGCGAACCGGCGACCGGUAAAGGCUGUGCGAGUGAUGCCAAACACUCACCCUCCCCAGUGUCCUCCUCGCCCGUCAGUACGAUGAGCCGAGCGGUGGCCAGCUCCCCGGUCAACGCAGGGAAGUGGUUCUGCUCCGUGUGCACGUACGAAAAUUGGCCCAAAUCGCUCAAGUGUUCGAUGUGCUUGCAUCCCCGUGAUUCCACCACCAGUACGGUGGGCAGUAGAAGCAAUCAGGCCGCAGCGAAAGCGUCACCCGAACACGACGAAAACACCAUCAAUGUGGCUAGCAACAUUAUGGUGAACAACAAGCGCAACCAGCAGUUCGUGGGCCAUGCGGACUCGAUCAACAAUAUGGAUGCGUGCAAGCAGGAACGCUACCUGCAGCUGCUGCGCCGGCAGCCGGACUGGGAUUGGCUGAACGCUUGCGUGGGCAUUGCGGAAAACAAUAUCGGCGCGGUGGAAGCGUACCUGGAGUGUGGCGGCGAUCCGAGCCGAGCCCUCACCUCGGCCGAAGCGUUCCUGAUCAGUCGCAACAACUGUGCAUUCGAUGUGGGCCACACGCUGAUUCAUCUCGCUAUACGGUUCCAUCGGGAUGAAAUGUUACCGCUGCUGUUGGCGCAGAUUUCCGGCUCGGGACCCGGCAUCAAGCGGGUGCCGGCCUACGUGGCGCCCGAUCUGGCCAGCGACAUACGCCGCCACUUUGCCCAGUCCCUCCGAAUACGGAAGGCUUCGUUCAACUGCCAGUUUGUGAACGAGCAUGCGACGUUUUCGCUGCCGGCCGACAUCGAGGAGCUGCCGCUGGUGCUGCAGGAGCAGCUGUACGAGGAGCUGCUAGACAAGGAUGCGCAGAAGCAGCUGGAAAUGCCACCGCCCGCCUUGAACUGGUCGCUCGAAAUCACCGACCGGUUGGGUUCGCGGCUGAUGGUGCUGUGGAAUCGCAGUGCCGGCGACUGCUUGCUCGAUUCCGUCAUGCAGGCCACCUGGGGUGUGUUCGAUCGCGAUAACACUCUCCGGCGGGCGCUAGCCGAUAGUUUGCAUCAAUGCAGUCACAUAUUUUAUCCGCGCUGGAAGGAGAAUGAACUGUUCCAGGCGGCAUUGCUCCAAUACACCGUGGCCGAAAUGCAACUGGAGAAGGAUUGGAACACGCUGCUGUCGCUCGCUAGUCACCCGGGCUCGUCGCUAGAGCAGCUGCACAUUUUCGCCCUGGCACACAUCAUGCGCCGACCGAUCGUCGUGUACGGUGUCAAGUACGUUAAGAGCUUCCGCGGAGAGGACAUUGGAUUCGCCCGCUUCGAGGGUGUCUAUCUGCCGCUGCUGUGGGAGCAAAGCUUCUGCAUCACUUCACCGAUCGCACUCGGCUAUACGCGCGGUCAUUUUAGUGCACUGGUUCCGACCGAACCGUACUCGCGAAUCGAUGCAACGCGCGACGACCGGGAAGACAUUACCUUUCUGCCUCUGAUGGACUGUGAGAUGAAGCUACUGCCAAUUCACUUUUUAACAAAAAAUGAGAUUGGUCGCGAGGAGAUGUUACUCCGCCAGUGGCUGGAGGUGUGUGAAACGGAGGGCGGACUGCUCGUCGCUCAGCAGAAGCUCCACAAACGUCCACUAUUAGUCGCUCAACUGCUUGAGGAAUGGCUUAACCACUAUCGUAGAAUAGCGAUCUCGAGGCUGUUUUAAAUUAGAAAUCGUUUACAUGUGCUACUGUAGUACAUUAUUUCGGUACAUUGCCCGUAUGUCCGGCUAGCGUAACGGAUGAGUGCAGGCUUUAAAAUGUAAAACAACAACAACAGCAGCAACAAAAAACGCUUACGAGCUAAUCUUUCCCUAGUCCUGUUGCACGGGUCAUUUUGGAACUGCUUAUAUCAGUGAUUCAUCCACCAUGGUGAGUUAGUUGUUGUAGUUUUGUGUUUGAUUACUUCCCCCGAUUGCUUCCGAUGCUCUAAGCGGGCGCAGUACGCAGAACACGAAUGCGUGCAUUUGCCCGCGCGGCGGCAAAUAUUACUUUCAAGCUCCUUUCGGUGCAUGGUUUUGUUUGGUUUGGUACAAAGUGACGCAACACGGCAGCAGAAUGUGUUCGAUUGUCACUCGUGAAAAAUUAACGCUGUGAAAACAAAACAAACGCAAAUCUAUUCGUAAAUCGUUCCGUUGUGAACGCUGAAAAUAUCAUGUUACGACAAAAAUAUCCAGCACGUAAAUAGCUGGCAAGGUUACUACUCUAUUCUUAUCCAAAUCGUAUAAAGAGAGUAUAUUUUUGUAUCCCCUUUUUGCUCCCCAGCAAUAGUAAAUUCAUUCCUAUUGCAUGUUGGCGUGAUGGGUCUUUUAAUCUUGACCAGUGUUUAACGUCCCGUUUUAACAUGUUUGUUCAAGCUACUAAAGUAUCAAGUAAUCCCUUCAUGUAAUCGGUUUGGUGGUGCAGUUGAAGCAUCCUUUCAUCUUACUUUUGUGGCACAACAUAAGCCCAUUAUUUGCAACUGGUAUGAAUUUUUAACUAAGUUACCGGUUUGAAAUCUAAAUGAUCUACGUUUUGUGGAUGGCAUGUUCCAACGGAGAAAUGCAUAUAAAAGUCCUCCCUGCACAUUCUGCAUUAAAGUCAAUUUUCCAGUUAAGAAAGAAAUCGUGUGCGUGUAUGCCAACGAAAAGAAGAUGAGUUUUUUUUGCAUCUAAUCAAACAAUGUCGUUUCCCUUUACGGUGCGUUUGGGAGAGAGGAAGUAUAAAAAAGAACUGUUAGUUUCCGUGCGUGCAUGUUCAAUACAUUAUAAUAACAGUAGAUAAGCUAAUGGAGAACGUUAAGAAGCCGAACAAUAAUAUAAUGGAUUCAUUAUUCUAACGAAAUCAUAAAGCGAACGGCAGUGUAACGGUGAAGUAUAACGUAGCCCAUGAUAUAGUUUCGCUUAGCACAGUGAGUUAUUACAAUUUCGAGCGGCUAUAAACGUGUAAGGAUGGCAGAAUAGAUCUAAUCUAUUUGAGGCGACAGUUUUCUUUCGUACUACCUAUUAAUGCCUAUUGAUACCACAAACAUACAUACACACACACACACACACACAGAUUGUUGAAUAUUGUUAAGUUUCAAAGUGAAGUUCGUUUGCUUUCUUGGGUUCAAAACUGGUAGAAUGUGUAUAUAGUUACGUUUUCAGCUAAACACGCAACACCUGUAUGAAGCAUAUAUUUUAAAAUAAAUUAUUGUUUGCUCACAAUGUAAA